AUGCCUUUGUGUGGAGGAUCCAAGACUGUCCAGCGCAAGCUGGUCCUUCUCGGCGAUGGCGCGUGCGGCAAGACAUCGCUGUUGAACGUCUUUACCAGAGGCUACUUCCCGACUGUCUAUGAGCCCACCGUCUUCGAGAACUACGUCCAUGACAUCUUCGUUGACAACGUCCACAUCGAGCUUUCUCUCUGGGAUACUGCUGGCCAAGAGGAAUUCGACCGCCUUCGCAGCUUGUCUUACGACGAUACCGACUUGAUCAUGCUGUGCUACAGCGUCGACAGCAAGGACUCCCUUGAGAACGUUGAGAGCAAAUGGGUUGGUGAGAUCGCAGACAACUGCCCUGGCGUCAAGCUCGUCCUAGUCGCCCUCAAGUGCGAUCUCCGCGAGGCCGACAACGAGGAGGAGGAGGGUGCCGAGGGCCAGCAGCGCGAGAAGCGUCCUAUGAUUAACUAUGAGCAAGGUCUGGAGGUCGCCCGUCGCAUCAAUGCCCUCCGCUAUCUCGAGUGCUCCGCCAUGCGCAACCGCGGCGUCAACGAGGCCUUCACCGAGGCUGCCCGCGUCGCCCUCAGUGUUAAGAAGGACCGCGAAGAGUCUCAGUGCGCCGUCAUGUGA